AUGAAAUCUCUACAGGAGCGGCGCUCCUUCACGUUCUUUUCUCUUCUUCCCCUCAUCACACUUGUCAUUCUCCUUAUCCUACCGUACGGAUACGCACAAUCCUAUGACAACAAAUUUACAUACAACGAAUCUAUUGAGGGGCUCACGGUGGCGGAUGCCACAGCUGAAAUUGAUGGGACCACAUUAGUUCGUCUUCAAAAGGCAGCCGGUGAUCCUCAAUGUGCUUUUACUAAGGACAUAUAUCUUCGAAUUAUCCUCCCUAAUAAUACUGUAAUCGCCUCCACGCCCCAACUUAACAUGAGCAGUUAUAAUUACUGUUCCAAUUUUACUAGCACGAGCAGAAUAUCAAUGAUCAGUUUGAUAGAGGGUUGGGUAUAUCUGACGUACCUAGAAGACGUAGGAGUUGCUCAAUUUCAACAAUACGGAGUCCCUAUCUCGUAUAAUGGGACGGUGGGCGAGAUCAAGUUGUUGCUGAAUUAUGACGAUGGCUUUCCUGGUAGUCUUUACAGAAGUAUGAUUCCUGAGGCUGGGUUCUUGUUUGCAAAGGUUGUACGCGAAGACAGGUCGAUAGUUUGGAGACGAUAUUCGACAGUAACCGAAGAUGGAAAAAUCUACGCUUUAGGUAAUGGCACCUUCGCCCCCAAUCUCAGGGAUGGAACUCAAACGUUUGGUAGCAACAUCUUUCGCACAAUCGACGGUGGAUAUGGUUGUGCCUUUGUUGUAACGAACCUUAACGUUCAGAACACAAAGACUACAACCACCUCUCAAUGGAGUUUACAAGUUUUGUUCCUCCAUCCAGACACUAACAAAGUCUCCAAGCCAAGCGAUAUAUGGACAAGCCCAGCAGGUGUCUCAGACGUUCAGCUCGGCAAUAACGCGUGUAAUAUAGCAUAUGACGGUAGCGGAUAUGUUUGCGUAUUACUAGUCUCUACGGGCCAAACUCAGGCGUUGCGUCAAGUGAAUUUCUAUUCAACGGGAGCAUCUUAUGACAGCUUUACACUGGGAUUUGAUCCCAAGGAUGUUGCCGUCGCCGAUAGGAUAAGUCCAUUAUUCUACGGAGGUUACAUGAUAGUUAACUUAGUUGAUUCGACACGUAGAGUCGCUCAAAAUGUAAUCAUGCUAGACCCAAGCGGUAAAGUCGCGAAAACCAUUAAACUCGUGAGUCAAGUCUUUAUAGUAAAUGUCUAUGCAAGAAAUAAUACCGCUUGGCAUUGGAUGAAUGAUUCGCCACAGUCUUGGUCAAUCGUAUCUUACUACUUGCCCAAAUUUACAACUUAUGGCAUUGACUAUCAGAAUCCAAACGUUGUAACAACAUCGCCUACCAUUGGCGAGGAAAUACCGAUUCGCAAGACUGAUGUAAGCAUCACAUACAACAUGCAAGUGAAACCAAACACAGGAAACGUCACUAUAUACGCUACUGAUGGCAUCAACAAAUUUCUCCGUCAAACAUACUCGCCAGUCUAUUUGCAAUACUGGACAAUAGAUGCAAAAAAUGAAACAGUGACUCUGCAGGUGCUAAACAGUACUUUUAAUCAACCCAACAUGACUUACUUUGUAGUGUUAGAGAAUGGGUUUGUAAGCUCAAAGGACACUGAAGAGUCGAUUCUUGGGAUUUAUGCUGGGAAAUGGUCAUUCCAUACAUCUUCCGUACAACCACAGGAUAUCUAUUCACCCGGCGCUACAGCAAUCAUUAGCCUAACUUCUUGGGGCAGUUCUCAUUUUCUCGGACUCUCCAACGCUGACCGUUCUAACUUCCUCUCCUCUCUCAGCAACUCUCUUGCAUCCAUUGUCCCAGCCUCUCCAGCCCGACUAUCUAUUUCCACGAAAUUCCAAAUCGACUCUAAAACCGGUCAAGAUCGGGUGCUAUUAUCUCUUAAAGUCAGUUCGGCUACCAGUAGCUCAGAAAUGGGCGUGGAUUCAGUACUUAAAGAUUUGGACGUGCUUAUUAGGAAUAAGGCAAUUACGGCAGCUUCUCGUAUACCAGAGACUGUGCUCGUGGACGAAAAUUAUGGUGUCCACGUAAAACCUAAUUUAUGGGAUGAGUAUAAACUGAAUAUACUCAUUGCGGGGGCGACAGUAUUUUUUAUAGGACUACUUUAUCUCUUGGCAUGUCGUAUUAACCCAGAGGCCCAAAAUAGUGCGAUUUUCACUCUUACACUCGUUCUGUAUGACUUUGCUGUUGACGUCGCUUUCAUUGUGUCGAAUGGAAAAGACGUACCGUCAUUAUACGUUCCAAGCAUCCUCAUCCUUAUAGUUACGAUUGUCUACAGCAUGUCUAUGGCUCUAUACAUAAUGAUCUCUGAGAAUACACGUUCGUAUAAAUUCCAUAUCUGGACCCAAUCAUAUUCGCAGGUUGCUGCCAUUUUCACAGUCAUAGCUGCAGCAGAUAUUGAAGUGUUGACCGUGAUAGGCAGCAAACUGUGUAAAUCGCCAUUUUUCUCUGCGCCUUUCAGUGAACAAGCGCAUCAUAUGAUAUUUUGGGCGAGCACUGGUAGCUUCUUUCUUGAGGAUGUGCCACAGUUCAUUGUUCAGGUCAUUUAUCAAAAUAAUACCAUUACAUAUGACAUAAUCCCACUGUUAUCUCUUGUCUCCGCAUCGGUUAUGCUUGUAAUCAACUUUAUUACUCGCGUUUACUACGGAAUCACUCUAGUGCGUGCUCAUAAGGCUACCAGUCACUUUGACAGUGCAGAUGAGUCAGCAUCUGUUUCAGGCUCGAUGGAUACGAAAGAGAUAACUGAUGAGACACAUUUGUCGUCUCGCUAG